AUGCAAAGCGUUUUCGCGACUCCGCUGCCUGGACUCUCCAAAUCUUCGAUUUUCACUAGUCCUAUCAUCGGGCGAAGCUUCCGGGCGGUUGCCGUUACGGCCGGGGUUGCGUGUUGUCUUUCCUUCCUGUACUUAAUCGCAGACGACUAUUACGUUUUCCGCGCGCCUCGGGAAUGCCUCUCCGCUCUCAACGAAACGAAAUGCGUGUCCGAAUUCCGCGUCGCGCGGCUAUCUCUAGGCGCGACACCCGCCUCUAGACGCGCCGUGAUUCGCGCUCUAGUGCAACGGGUCCAAACGCAAGUCCGCGCGGCUCUGCCGCUGCUCGAGGAGAUUAAAGCCAACGUGACGAUUAGGACUCACUACUCGGAGGUUAUAACGAAGGAAUGCGCGGAUCAGGCGGGAAUCGCGCUGUACCACUUGGGACUGGCGGCCGACCGGCUCUCCUCAUCAGCGCGCGGCGCGCGCGCCACUGGCGGCGGAACUGCUGGCGGAACUGAAGGCGGCGGCGGAAACGGAAUGGUGGACGUGCCGUACUGGCUGGCUGCGGCGCAGCGCCAGAUGCGCAACUGCAUGAGCGCACUUAACUACUUCACUCCACCGUCGCUGCAGUCCCAGCCUGGUGUCGCUCUCACAUGCGAGUCCCUCCUUGAAACCGCAGUGGCCCUGGCCUCUGCUGACGUGCCACUCUUGGAUCCUGCCACGUGUCAGCAGCAAAAAUCCCUCGCGCAGCAGCGGCAGCAGCAGGGAGGGGGGCUGGAGGGAUACGAGGCACCAGCAUGGGUAGACGUGGGGCUUUACAAGAAGAUUAAGGCCUUUCAGAAGAGAAUAGCAGCAGGGGUAGGGGCAGGGGCAGGGGCAGGGGCAGGGGCAGGGGCAGGGGCAGGGGCAGGGGCAGGGGGAGUGGCGGCAGGAGGCGUGGGAUUGGUUUUGGAUGCGGUGGUGGGGCGUGGGGAGCAAUACACGCGCAUUCAGCAAGCACUGGACGCAGCAUCCCCUGCUGCCAAUACCCCUCGCCCAUACAUCAUCUUCAUCCGAGCAGGGUGGUACCGGGAGCAGGUGCGCGUGGGGAGGGAGGGCGUGGUGCUGAUGGGGGAGGGGGCUGACAAGACCGUCAUCACAGGCAACGCCAGUGUUGCUGACAGCGCAUCCACAUACGGCUCUGCCACUGUAGCUGUGGACCGAGGCAACUUUAUGGCAGUGGGGAUCCGGAUAGAGAACACAGCAGGGCCACGUGGCAAGCAGGCAGUGGCUCUCAAGAUCUCCGCCGACCGGUCCGCUGUCUACGACAGCGCGAUAACGGGUUGCCAGGACACGCUCUGUGUGGACGCCGGGCGGCAGUACUACAGCAGCUGUUACAUCUCGGGAUUCACGGAUUUCAUCUUUGGCGAUGCGGCCGCGCUGAUCGACCGAUCGACGGUGGAGAUGCGCUCGGGGAAAUCGACGGCUGUGAUCACGGCGUCCGGGAGGGAGAGUAACACCCCCACGGGGAUUGUGAUUCGCGGGUGUAAUGUGACUGCGGGGGAGGGGGUAAAGGAGGGAUCGUUUGCGCGGCCGUGGAAAAAUUGCGCUCGGGUGGUGAUGAUCGGCAAUUACCUUCCAAAGCUCCAGUCCCCUUGCCGGGACUACAGCUCCAGUCCCCUUGCCGGGACUGCAGCUCCAGGCAACGCAGCUGUGCCGAGACCGGCAGCUCUGGCCGCGGUGCCCCUCGCGCUGUUCACAUUCUGUCUGUAA